GUUACAAUGUCUGCGACAACAACAACUACUACUACUACUGCCAAGACCAGUGUUGAUAUCGAAGCACUUUCUAAAAAGAAAGCAGAGGAAAUCUCAUUUGCUGAUCUUGGUGUUUCAAAAGAACUAUGUGAGGCUUGUGAAAAAAUGAACUUUAAAUAUCCUACCGAGAUUCAAAAGGAAGCUAUUCCUUGGGCUAUCGAAGGUCAUGAUAUCAUCGGUUUGGCUCAAACGGGUUCCGGUAAAACAGCUGCCUUUGCUAUUCCAAUCAUUCAAAAACUCUGGGAGAACCCUCAAGCCUUUUUUGCUUGUGUCUUGGCUCCUACAAGAGAAUUAGCCUAUCAAAUUGCAGAAACAUUUGAAUCACUUGGCUCAGUGAUCGGCGUUCGUUGUGCGGUUAUUGUCGGUGGUAUGGACAUGAUGUCUCAAUCUAUCGCCCUUUCAAAGCGUCCACACAUCAUUGUGGCCACACCGGGUCGUCUUCAGGACCAUCUGGAAAAUACAAAGGGAUUCAACUUGAAACAUUUGAAAUAUUUAGUCAUGGACGAAGCCGAUCGUUUAUUGGAUUUGGAUUUUGGACCCAAGAUUGAUCAAAUCUUAAAAGUCAUCCCACGCGAACGCAACACAUUCUUAUUUUCAGCCACCAUGACGACCAAAGUAGCAAAGUUACAGAGAGCAAGUUUGCAGAAACCUGUCAAAGUAGAAGUUGCUACAAAAUACUCAACAGUGAAGACACUGCUGCAAUACUACCUCUUCUUCCCUCUGAAACACAAAGACUGCUACAUGGUUUAUUUAUUGAAUGAAUUGGCUGGCAAUUCAACCAUCAUCUUUACCCGUACAUGUAAUGACACACAAAAGAUUGCCAUCAUGCUUCGAAGCUUAGGAUUUGGUGCUAUCCCCUUGCACGGUCAAAUGCCUCAAGCCAAACGACUGGGUGCUCUGACCAAGUUCAAGGCAGGUGCACGCAAUAUUCUAGUCGCCACCGAUGUUGCCAGUAGAGGUUUAGAUAUCCCAACCGUCGAUAUUGUUAUCAAUUAUGAUGUGCCACAGUCAUCCAAAGAUUAUAUCCAUCGUGUAGGUCGUACGGCAAGAGCUGGUCGAUCAGGAAAAUCGAUUACAUUUGUUACACAAUAUGAUGUCGAGUUGAUUCAGCGUAUAGAAAAGGACUUGGGUCGUAAGCUGGAUGGUUUCCCUGUUCAAAAGGACGAAGUCAUGAUGCUGCAGGAACGUGUAGAUGAAGCACAACGUUUGGCUACAUUAGAAAUGAAGGAAACAGCCAACGGUAAAAAAUCCAAGCGAGGAAGAAAGGGUGAAGAGGAAGAAGAUGAUGAUGCGGAUAAUGAAGAAAAGGGUCUUGUCAUGCCUGGAAAGAAGAAGUUUAAGGCUGGAAGUCAUAAGAAGGGCAAGAGACAUUAAUAAAAUCCAUGUUUUUUGUAUGCCGUGUUUUAUAUUUGUAGUUUACUUUUUCUUCCUGCAGGAGCUUUUAAUAAUGUCUGUGAACAUAAAGUUUAGAGAAGACAAGGAUGAACCAUUACUGUAUAAUGAUACGACUGUAACAUACUUUAAAGAAAUAAUCGCUACU